UACAAAAGGAGUUCAAUCCGUUCACUCUCUCAGACCGCACCGAAUGUUGAACUACUCUGGUUGUUGGAUUAGCUGUGUCAUACGGGUGGUGUCAAUGAAAUUGAUUUGCGUGUUCUUGGUGUAUCGGCUGGCUAGCUGUGUCAGCGCCCAGACCGUUGGCUGUAACACUGUACAUGCCAACGGUACUACGACCUAUCAACUCUCAGAGCCCCUGCCAGGAUCGCCAUCAACCUGUGUAAGGCAGUGGUUGGAUGCAAAUGGCACUGUUCUCACCUAUGACGAAGAGAUUGACAAAGAUCGUGUUGUGGUUCAGACCAGUCAAUCUAUUAUCACCAUAGGCUGCAUGGACAGACUGAAGUACUUAGAGGAAUGCACACAUAAUAAAACGAAUUCAAAUCGGGAAGUAGAGUGCCUUAAUAACUGUAGCGUGAAGCCAUUUGACCAGGAAUCCAUUGAACCAGAGCACAAUAUAUGUUUUGGUGAUUGGUGUGUAUCAGGGAUAACAUUUGGCCUUGCCUUUGGGAUAUCAGCUGCUGUCAUCAUCAUCAUCCUGGUUCUCCUUAUUUGCAAGAUCCACAUUCACCGAGUGCGUGUUUGUUGGACGUUGGGUGAAGGGGAGCACGAAGAACCCUCUCCUGACACAGAGAAGCCCCAGAGCCACCCUGCUCCCAAAGUCAGCUACUCCGCUGUGAAGCAGAGAGAGAGAGUGUGACUGACCAUUGCAAAUGAGAAGGUUCUCACCCAGCAAACCUGGUCACUUAAAGGGAUAGUUUGGGAGUCAGAUGAACUUGUGAAUACCAUUUUAUCUUUCUACGUCCAGUAUGAAGGAAGUCCUAGGUAGUUUUGCGAGCCAAAUCUAACUAGUGUUAGCACAAUGACUAGAAGUCUAUGGGAACAGCAUGCUAGCUGUUCCCAUAGACUUCCAUUCACAGAAGAAUAAUAAGAAGUGUUACACUGGCUGUAGGGUAAGGUGUGCAUAGCUCUGCUAUUGCUGGGAUGGGUGUCUGUUUCAUAUAUUAUUUUCUCUCUACUUGUAGAGUUGUUAUUUAAGCAAUAAGGCCAGGGGGUGUGGUAUAUGGCAAAUAUACCAAGGUUAAGGGAUUUUCUUAUGCACGAUGCAAUGCAGAGUACCUGGUGACAGCCCUUAGCCAUGGUAUAUUGGCCAUAUACCACAAACCCCAGAGGUUCCUUAUUGCUAUUAUAAACUAGUUAGAGCAGUAAAAAUACAUGUUUUGUCAUACCAAUGGUAUACUGUCUGAUAUACCACGGCUGUCAGCAUUCAAGGCUUGAACCCCCCCAGUUUCUAAUAUUAGAUAUGAUUUAAAUAUUACAAUAAUAUAUUUCUAUAUGACACAUUCCAUUGAUAUGUGAUUGAAUAUACUGAAUAAUAGCUCAAUUAUUACUGAAAUGAAAUGCUGUUCCAUAUAAUAAUAUUCUGAAUUAUAAAAUGGUGUGAUAUAUGGUUAUAGAGCCUAUCACUUAUAUAUAUUUUAUUAUGAAUUAUAUUAUAUAUAUAUAUAUGUGUGUGUAACUGUGGAGGGAAGUAGCCCUCUAAAUGAACCCAUACACUAAAGAGAAUAAGCUAACCCACUGUGGAAGCUGGGAAACUCUUAUUACAGCUACACCAGGGAGUGUACAGUGAGGGGUUAUGCCCAGUUACACUGCAGCAUCUUCUCCCUGUCUUGUCCUUACCCCCACACACACACACACACCAGUCUAUUAUGAAUUGAAUGUUUUUAGGUAUUUUUAAAUCAUUUUAAUGUGCUUGGAAUAUGAGGUGGCUGUCGUCUUACAUUAUGAGAACGUGUUGAUCUCUUGCUGUGGAAGCUAAUGAGUGUCUUGGCUCAGAAGCUCUCACACACACACACACACACACACACACACACACACACACACACACACACACACACACACACACACACACACACACACACACACACAGAGAGAGAGAAAUUCACAUUUCAUAGUCCACUCCCUUGCACAUUGAGUAGUAUACACAGACACCGUUCCCUUUCACAACAUUCCUUAGGGCUUUUCCUCUGGGUCACUCAUCGUACUUGGUAGUGUAAUUCUACAACAGACAUAACUUCUCUCCUGGUGUAAUGCUACAUACAACAGAUAUAACUUAUCUCGUGCCAACCCCUCUGGCACUCUGGCAUGCCCUUUCAAAUUCUCCAACUCCUAUCCAUUGGCAUUACCCCGUUUGCUAGCCCCUGACCCUUAAGGUUUGUAGAGGAUUUUAUAAGUUUAAGCAAUCUGGGCAAAAUGUGACCUAGCUUGUCAGGUGCCAUGUUACCAUAUUCACUUAAUGGAAAUGCUUAUUAUGAAGAGAAUAUACUAGUCGUUCAAUGUAUUUUAUAUAAAUAUAUCUUAAAAUACACUAUAUUAAGUAUGAUCAAUUGUAGCAGUAUCUAGGUAUAUACAGUUGAAGUUGGAAGUUUACAUACACCUUAGCCAAAUACAUUUAAACUCAGUUUUUCCACAAUUCCUGACAUUUAAUCCGAGUAAAAAUUCCCUGUUUUAGGUAAGUUAGGAUGACCACUUUAUUUUAAGGAUGUGAAAUGUCAUAAUAAUAAUAGAGAGAAUGAUUUAUUUCAGCUUUUAUUUCUUUCAUCACAUUCCCAGUGUGUCAGAAGUUUACAUACACUCAAUUAGUAUUUGGUAGCAUUGCCUUUAAAUUGUUUAACUUGGGUCAAACGGUUCGGGUAGCCUUCCACAAGCUUCCCACAAUAAGUUGGGUGAAUUUUUGCCCAUUCCUCCUGACAGAGAUGGUGUAACUGAGUCAGGUUUGUAGGCCUCCUUGCUCGCACACGCUUUUUCAGUUCUGCCCAUAAAUGUUCUAUAGGAUUGAGGUCAGGGCUUUGUGAUGGCCACUCCAAUACCUUGACUUUGUUGUCCUUAAGCCAUUUUUCCACAACUUUGGAAGUAUCCUUGGGGUCAUUGUCCAUUUGGAAGACCCAUUUGCGACCAAGUUUUAACUUCCUGACUGAUGUCUUGAGAUGUUGCUUCAAUAUAUCCACAUAAUUUUCCUGCUUCAUGAUGCCAUCUAUUUUGUGAAGUGCACCAGUCCCUCUUGCAGCAAAGCACCCCCACAACAUAAUGUUGCCACCCCCGUGCUUCACGGUUGGGAUGGUGUUCUUCGGCUUGCAAGCCUCCCCCUUUCUCCUCCAAACAUAAUUAUGGUCAUUAUGGCCAAACAGUUCUAUUUUUGUUUCAUCAGACCAGAGGACAUUUCUCCAAAAAGUAUGAUCUUUGUCCCCAUGUGCAGUUGCAAACCGUAGUCUGGAUAGUUUAUGGCGGUUUUGGAGCAGUGGCUUCUUCCUUGCUGAGCGGCCUUUCAGGUUAUGUCGAUAUAGGACUCGUUUUACUGUGGAUAUAGAUACUUUUGUAUUUGUUUCCUCCAGCAUCUUCACAAGGUCCUUUGCUGUUGUUCUUGCAUUGAUUUGCACUUUUCACACCAAAGUACGUUCAUCUCUAGGAGACGGAACGCGUCUCCUUCCUGAGUGGUAUGACGGCUGCGUGGUCCCAUGGUGUUUAUGGAUGAACCAGACUUGUGGAGGUCUACAAUUUUUUUUGAGGUCUUGGCUGAUUUCUUUUGAUUUUCCCAUGAUGUCAAGCAAAGGGGCACUGAGUUUGAAGGUAGGCCUUGAAAUACAUCCACAGGUACACCUCCAAUUGACUCAAAUGAUGUCAAUUAGCCUAUCAGAAGCUUCUAAAGCCAUGACAUCAUUUUCUGGAAUUUUCCAAGCUGUUUAAAGGCACAGUCAACAUAGUGUAUGUAAACUUCUGACCCAAUGGAAUUGUGAUACAGUGAAAUAGUCUGUCUGUAAACCAUUGUUGGAAAAAUUAUGUGUGUCAUGCAUAAAGUACAUGUCCUAACUGACUUGCCAAAACUAUAGUUUGUUAAUUUAACAAGAAAUUUGUGGAGUGGUUGAGAAAUGAGUUUUAAUGACUCCAACCUAAGUGUAUGUAAACUUCCGAGUUCAACUGUAUGAAAUAUUGCAGUAUAUAAUAUUACUAUAUUCAUUGAAUAACACAUUUAUAAAUGUAAGAAGAUAUCAUAGGGAAUAAGGUUUUGAAGUGUCUGUCCUGUAUCUAGGAGAUAUAAGAAAGUUCACUAUGUUGUUUUUUUACACAUAUUUAACACUUUUGGGGGGGCACAACUACUUCCAUACUUCAUUUAGUUUGUAUGGAUUUACAUUCAGACAAUCCCAUGACGCAUGUGGGGGACGCUACAGACGAUUUCGUUAGAAGACUGAUUUUUGGGAUGUCUCAUGGUCUGACAAACAAUGCUGUAGCUCGGCCACGUUCCACCGCAGAUGCACAGAUACAGUAUCUCUGGAUUAAACUGGCGGAUUUGGUGGGGAUUUUUAAAAUUAUGUUACUUAGAUUGACGCACCAAUGUGUCAAUAGACUUUAGGGUGUUUGAAUUCAAUAGUUUAAUUUUCUUCCUUUAUUGUUAAAUGUGUUUCAUUAAUAAUCAUAUGUGAUAUAUCAAGAUCUCUUUGCUUUAUAUCCCGGUUCAACAGCUUGUAUUAAACCAUUAACUCAUG